AUGCUCACCAUCACCAAAACUCUCGUUGCGGCUAUCGCUGUCUCCGCCGUCCAGGCUCUCCCUCAAGCCGCGUCGACUCUUGCGACUGUUGCGACUCCUAGCAGCGCUAUCGCUACUCCUUCGGCAGCUGCUCCUAGCCCUGAUCCUGAGGUGCAGGCUGCUCUGUUCCGCGACCUCUUCAGCGCUCCUACGGCUAUCAAGCGCUUCCAGCGUCUCCUCACUGCAAAGGGACAGGAGUUGCUCUCCGGAGAUGCUCUCAGGAAUCUUAUCGUUUUCAACUUCAAUGGAGCAAUGCCUGCCAAGGGUGCUCUAGGCGGAGCUACCAAGGCUGCUAAUAUCGAGACCUUUCCCAUCCUUACUGGUCUGGGUAUCUCGACUACCCUCGGCUUCCUUAACGCCUGUGGUAUCAACACUCCGCAUGUCCACCCUCGCGCCACCGAGUUCCUCACCGUCGUUGAGGGCGAGGUCGACUUCGGCUACAUCCUCGAAAACGGUCUCGUUGCGGCUGGCCAAAACGCCGAAGUCGCCGGCACCCUCUCCAAGUUCGAGGGUACUGUCUUUCCUCAAGGCUCCAUCCACUAUCAGAUCAACAACCAGUGCAAGCCCGCUACAUUUGUUGCGGCCCUUAACAACGAGGACCCGGGUACCUCGCAGGUCGCGCAGAACUUCUUCGGCCUCAACCCCGAUGUUGUUAAUGCCACGCUUGGCUUCCCCAAGACUAUUGACGGAAAGAACAUCGAGCAGUUCCGCAAGUACCUUCCGGUCAACAUCGCACAGAGCGUCGACAUCUGCUUGAAGAAGUGCGGAUAUCAGGGAGGCUCCCCUACUGGAAACUCGGCCGGUACUCCCUCGGCCACACCUAGCGGUUACUAA